CGCCACCACCCGCCGGAAGGCCACCGUGAUGGUCCAAGAAGAUGAAUCCAAAACUACUUCACACCCUUCCACCAUAACUCGCCGUUCAACCAGAGGACUGCCGGUUGCUGCAGCCGGAGGAUACGUCCUCCAAAUUCCGCUCCCGCCUAAGCAAAUGAAAGAUACGCUUGCCUACUUGCUUCGAAGAAAAGUUGAUAUCUAAUGCUUUCAAGCUGCAAAAGGUGAAGCAUCGAAGCAAAGCAAACCAAAAUGCCCCAAAAUUCCCUAAAAAAGAUUCUCGCCACUUAUAACUAAUCUGAUGUACAUGAGAUAUUUGAUAUAUUGUUUGGGAGGGUGUCCUGAAAUAUUGGAGAUUUAAUUUUGAGAAGGGAGUCCAAGCUCAAGAGUUCAAGACUCCGACUUUCUCUAUUUCUCUCCCAUACGGCACUAGCUGUUGCCUGGAAUUAGAAGAUAUGGGCACUUUGAGUACCAGUCCUCUGCUUCCAAAAGACCUAAGGCCUUCUUCACUCUAUAGAGAACACCGAAGCUCUGUUCUUGUGUACACAACAAGAAGAAGAAAAUCCAAGAGAAGAAAAUCCAAGAAAAGCCAAUCCUUGAACCCUGUUCAUAUAACUCAAGGAGAUCAUGAAGGAAGAAGUAUGAUCAUCUCAUGGGUGACACCUUUAGAACAUCAUGGCUCCGUGAUUUAUUGGGAAGCAGAGGGCACCGAUCCAACGAAGCACAAAGUUCACUCAAGAAGCACUGCUUAUAAAUAUUAUAAUUACACUUCUGGGCACAUCCACCAUGCCACCAUAAAAGGAUUGAAGCAUGAUACAAAGUACAUAUAUCAACUUGGACUGCACUCGGUCGUUAGGAGAUUCUCCUUCACUACUCCACCCAAAGUAGGACCUGAUGUUCCUUAUACCUUUGGUGUCAUAGGGGAUUUGGGACAAACAGUUGACUCAAAUCAAACUUUAGAGCAUUAUAUUGCAAACCCAAAAGGCCAAGCUAUGUUGAUGGUUGGUGAUCUUUCAUAUGCUGAUGACCAUCCAUUGCAUGAUAACAGAAGGUGGGAUACAUGGGGUCGUUUUGUUGAGAAGAGUACAGCAUACCAACCAUGGAUUUGGACUGCAGGGAAUCAUGAAAUUGACUAUGCCCCUGAAAUUGGUGAAACCACUCCUUUCAAGCCAUAUUUGCAUAGAUAUGAAGUACCAUACAAAGCAUCCAAGAGUUCAUCUCCCCUUUGGUACUCCAUCAAACGAGCAUCAACUUACAUAAUUGUCCUUUCUUCUUAUUCUGCCUAUGGUAAAUACACUCCACAAUACGAUUGGCUUCAGAAGGAGUUCCCAAAGGUUAACAGGAAAGAGACUCCGUGGCUGAUUGUUCUGCUUCAUUCUCCAUGGUAUAACAGCAACAACUACCAUUACAUGGAAGGAGAAAGCAUGAGAGUAAUGUUCGAAUCCUGGUUUGUGGAAAACAAGGUUGACAUCGUGUUUGCAGGACAUGUUCACUGUUAUGAACGCUCGGAGCGAAUAUCAAAUGUGAGGUACAACAUUACCGAUGGAUUGAGCACUCCUAUUAAGGAUGCUUCUGCUCCGGUCUACAUAACCAUUGGGGAUGGUGGUAAUAUUGAAGGCAUUGCUAACAAUUUCAUAGAUCCACAGCCAAGUUACUCAGCAUAUCGUGAAGCAAGUUUUGGGCAUGCAAUUCUUGAAAUAAAGAAUCGAACUCAUGCAUACUACACUUGGCAUCGAAACCAAGAUAAUAUGCCAGUUGCAGCUGAUUCUAUGUGGUUCUAUAACAGAUACUGGUACCCAGAAGAAGAGCAGAGCCCCCAUACUUAAUUGAAUUAAGGGUCCUAGCUUCUUGAGUUUGGUCCUCUAAUCAAUUUUACUCCAUUUACUCUCUUUUUCUUUUACUAUUUAUCUAGUUCUAGCUUUUGAGAACUUUUUCUUCUUUCUUUUUACUCUCUUUUUCUUUUACUAUCUAUCUAGCUCUAGCUUUUGAGAACUCGUUCUUUUUCUUUUGACAAUUUUGCGUUAGCGAUGACAAGGGUUGUAAGUUGUAUCUUCUUGCCCAAUCUCAAUAAAGUUUAGAAUAAUAUUUGG